CAGGGGCAGGCAUCCUCUCUUGGAAACGUAAUAUUGGCCUCGGGGCUCUCAGCGCUUUGGGUUUUCCAAUGGGAUGUUAGCAGCAGCUGAAGCAGCCCGGGGGCCAGCCGCGAGCGGAACGCUCUGCCCUGCAGCUCUUCUGGACCGAGGCGCCCGCAGCCUGCCCUCACCGUUCACCAGGUCACAGCUUUCAUCUGCGUGAACACACAUGGCUUUGUUACGAAAAAUCAAUCAGGUGUUGCUGUUCCUUCUGAUUGUGACCCUCUGUGGAAUUCUGUAUAAGAAAGUUCAUAAGGGGACUGUGCUCAGGAACGAAACAGACGAUGACUCUGAGGCUCCUGAGGAAAUGGAGGAUGAGAUUCCUGUGGUGAUUUGUGCUGCUGCAGGGAGAAUGGGUGCCGCCAUGGCUGCCAUCAAUAGCAUCUACAGCAACACCGAUGCCAACAUUCUGUUCUAUGUCGUUGGACUCCGGAACACUCUGUCUCGAAUCCGAAAAUGGAUUGAACAUUCUAAACUAAGAGAAAUAAACUUUAAAAUCGUGGAAUUCAACCCGAUAGUCCUCAAGGGGAAGGUCAGACCGGACUCAUCAAGGCCAGAAUUGCUCCAGCCUCUGAACUUUGUCCGCUUUUAUCUCCCUCUGCUUAUCCAUCAACAUGAGAAAGUCAUCUAUUUGGACGAUGAUGUAAUCGUACAAGGUGACAUCCAGGAACUCUAUGACACCACUUUGGCCCUGGGCCACGCGGCAGCUUUUUCGGAUGACUGCGAUUUGCCCUCCGCUCAGGACAUGAACAGAUUUGUGGGGCUGCAGAAUACAUACAUGGGCUAUCUGGACUAUAGGAAGAAGACCAUAAAAGACCUUGGCAUAAGCCCCAGCACGUGCUCUUUCAAUCCCGGCGUGAUUGUCGCCAACAUGACGGAAUGGAAGCAUCAACGUAUCACCAAACAACUGGAGAAAUGGAUGCAAAAAAAUGUGGAGGAAAAUCUCUACAGCAGCUCCCUGGGAGGAGGGGUGGCCACCUCCCCGAUGCUGAUCGUGUUUCAUGGGAAAUACUCCACCAUCAACCCCCUGUGGCACAUACGGCACCUGGGCUGGAAUCCAGAUACCAGAUAUUCGGAGCAUUUUCUGCAGGAAGCAAAGUUACUCCACUGGAAUGGAAGACAUAAACCCUGGGACUUCCCUAGUGUUCACAACGACUUAUGGGAAAGCUGGUUUGUUCCUGACCCCGCAGGGAUAUUUAAACUCAAUCACCACAGCAGCUGAUGUAACGACAUUUUAUAUAUUCCCUGUAUAAAAAUGUGGAAUUGUUCAUUUAUAGCCCUACUAUAUCAUUGUUCUUUAUGAGCAGUACCUUUGGUGCAAAUGAUCCACAAUGUAAAACACAAAGACUACUGUGGGCAAAUAGUACCCUGGAUUACGUAGGUACUGAUUCCUUAAGUGUAAGUGGUAAUUAUGGAAAUCAAGAUGAUGUGAGUGAGAUAUAUUGUUGGAAGGAAAUAAACCCACCUAGGUUUCAGCAAUCAAUUUGCUUAACUCUCAAUGACAACCUGUACCCACAAGUUUUUAAAAUCUCUCAAUGUGUUUUUCACACAUAGGUAUUUUUUCACAGGUUGCCAGUCUUGUCUUUUGUAAAACAACAAACUACAUUUAAAACAUGAAUGUAUGUAAAAAUAAAAGAUAUGCAGAUUUUUAAAUGA